UCCGUUAUUUUUGGCGGGCUUCGCCUCAGGGCUUCGCCUCAGCCCCGUCCCUCAGCGCUGACCCUCAGCCCCGUCCCUCAGCGCUGACCCUCAGCGCUGUCCCCCAACCCGCAAAUCUGGAGUAAACAAUACAUUGUUGCUGGUUAAGAUUCAGCAAAGAAAUGAAAAGGAGUUCAGCUGACACCUUGGCUCGCAGCACAGCAGGUUGUCUGCCUGUACCAUUGUUCAAUCAGAAAAAAAGAACUAGACAGCCCCUUACUUCAAAUCCACUUAAAAAUGAACCAGGUACUGAUUCUGGAACUUGUAGUUAUGACUUCUCUUCCUCAUCAUUAGGCUGGGGGACUGCAAACCCAGAAGUGGAUGAACUGCAGAAAGCAGCCAACAGUGGCCAAGCAGAACAUCCGAUGGCUCCUUCCCUUAUGAAACCACCAAAAACAUCAAAGUUUAAUUUAGCAAAUGCUGGAAAAAACUUUCCUGCCUGCAGGAACAGAAAUGAAUAUACUCCUUUAGGUAACACAACAAAUUCAAGACCUGAUAAUGGAACUUCUCGAAAGUUUGAGAACUUUUCAAGCAGUUUGAAAACUGUCCAGCAGCAAAAACACCCUGACAGUCAUAACCCAUCUCAGCUCAUCAAAACAGACACAUCCAAAGGACAGUGGCCAGUGAAACCCAACACUGUGGCAAGAAGUCUCCACGAUCAUAGUCCAGCGUAUAAAUUUAACUACAAUACUCAGCAAAAUAAAAUCAAUGAAAACCAAUUUGAUUGUGUCCCAGAAGAUAAAAGUCAGGAAAUUUCAUCAUCUCAAGUAAAAACUAAAAUAAAAAAGAAUUCUUUGCGAAUCCUGUCUGCAGUCAUUCAAAGUGUGAGGCACUGGAGCCAAUAUGCCUAUAAAACUGCACUGUUAUUUGAAGUUUUAGGCACACUGGAUUCUGCAGUCACACCUGGAGCAUAUGGGGCAAAGAAUUUUCUUCUGAGAGAUGGAAAGGAGACCCUGCCUUGUGUGUUUUAUGAAAUUGACCGUGAGCUUCCACGACUCAUUAGAGGUCGAGUGCACAGGUGCAUGGGAACCUAUGAUGCAAAAAGGAACAUUUUCAAGUGCGUCUCUGUAAGACCAGCAACUGCUCAAGAACAGAACACUUUCCAAGACUUUGUUAAAGUUGCAGAUGUUGAGAUGACAGCAUAUAUAAAAACUGUGAAUGAAAUGUAGAAGUCAAAAUGGUUGUCCAAAGCCCAGUUUUAUCUAAUUGUUACUCAUAAGGACUGGACAUGCUACAUUUACCAAAACUACCAGUGAAAAUCUGGUUAAACAUUUGAAAAUCUCACUGUGUUGUGUUAUCCAGCAAAUGCUGUGUGGUGUUCAAUGAGUUCCCAUUUAUGUGUUAACUGAUACAUGUUUCUUUUAAAAAAAUAAAUAGCCAGUAUAAUACCUGUAUAAAAUAACAACAGACCCUCAAGCUGUAGGAAGAUUCCCAAGGACACAGAGGAAGUAGAAAAGAAAGAAUUAUUUGAACACAGAACUUCCUUGCCUUUACCAUAGUAACAUCUUUUAUGGAGGAUGGACCAUGUACAUGUUUACAUGCCUUUGCCUUUCAACGUUAACUUUGAUAGAUUAUUCCUGCUGUUCCUAUUUCCUUUUCCCCUACUUCAGAAGCUUUGUAGCAGAUCUCUUGGGAAUUGAAAAACAAAAGCGUUGUCAAGAAAAUAGGAAACAGUAUGGGGAUUUUUUUUUAUUAUUUUAUUAUACAGUGUUGGCAAUUGGAAAUUUCACAUUUAAAAUAAUUCAAAUAUUGUAUCCAACAAGUCAAAUACAGAAAACAGUUAAUAUUCUAAAAAGGAGCCAGCUAGUCAACGCAGAAACACAUUAAUGGAAAAUACAGCUUUUAGUUACACUUAAAAAAUUAUAUAUUUAGAAUAAAACUUGAACCCGGUCCAGCAAAUUGUAACAGGAAAACGCUUUUACACAAUUUAACACG